AUGUCACGAAAUAGAGACAAAUUAGGGAGAUUUGUAAAACAACAAAUUGAAAUUUUAGAAAACUCUCCUAAAUCGUCUUCUUCCACUCGUUCUCAUUCACCACCAUCACCCAUACUUCCUGCAUUGCCAAUGAUGGCUCAACAACAGGAAAUCCAACCAAGAACGCUACAGGAUUAUCUACAUCCUACGCGUACGGCCACACCUUCAUGCAUAAUGUAUCCCAUGAAUAUGCCCAACUUCGAUUUCAAACCUGGCAUGAUUCAACUUUUACCAACCUUUCAUGGUAUGGAAAAUGAGAGUCCAUAUGUGCAUAUUCAGGCAAUUGAAGAGGUGGUGGCCACAUUCAACAACCAAGCUGACAUCAUUAACUUGGUGAGAUUGAAGUUCUUUCCUUUCUCACUCAAGGAUAAAGCCAAAAGCUGGUUGUAUUCCUUAAGGCCAAGGUCUAUUGGGACAUGGGACGAAAUGACAAAAGCAUUUUUCUCUAAAUUUUUCCCACCCCAUAAGACUAGCAGCCUUAAGAGGCAAAUCUCUACCUUCACCCAAAAGGACCAUGAAACGUUUCAUCAGGUCUGGGAGAGGUUUAAAGUUUUGAUGGGCCAGUGCCCACAUCAUGGAUACGAAACCGGAGUCUACCAAUUGAAGGAGGAGGACAGUGUGAAAGCUCAACUUGAAGCUUUAAAAAAACAAUUUGAGGCUUUCAAAACUCAAGAAGGUAAAGCACUCCAGAUGGCUGCAAAAGUGGAAAAGCAAGAACCAUGCUUCAUUUGUGGAGGGACUGAUCAUCAACCACAAGAGUGCCCUAGUCUUAGUAUGUUGAGGGGAGGAGAUGAGGAACAGUGUAAUACCUUAGGGGACUACAAGAAGCCUUAUAAUGCCUACUCCAACACAUACAAUCCUGGUUGGCGUAACAAUCCCAAUUUCAGUUGGAAGGAUACAAGUCAAAAUCAAGCAUCUGGGAGCCAAUGGAGGCCUGAUCAACAAAAGAAUUCUCUUGAGAGUUCCAUGAAAAUUCUCGCAGAAUCCCAACUAGAGUUCAGGACUUAUUUCACUCAGGUGAUAGAGGAAUUGAAGGACAUAAAGAUUCAAAUAACAAAGUUAAAUGAUUCUUCAGUCAUUCAAGAGCGUGGUAAGCUUCCCGCUCAGCCUCUAAUCACCCCCAAAGGGCAACAUAUGGCACAAACCUCCGCUCCUUCAGAGUCUAAUCUCAAAGGGGUUAAUGCCAUUACUACCCGAAGUGGUUAA